AUGAAGACCAGGUCGAAUACUGUUCGUGCACGGCCAUCCAAGUCCAAGUGUGUGACAUUCACUGGCUGCUGGACUUGCCGAUCCCGCAAGAUAAAAUGUGACGAGCGGCAGAAGAACGGGUGUGCAGUGUGUGAAAAGGCUGGCUUGGAAUGCGCUGGCUACAGUGUAAACUUGUCAUGGGUGACGGGCCGGGUGCAGGACCUUCAAGGUUUGCACCGGCGAAAGAUCAACACAGGUGGGUCAGCAUUACCACUCAUGUCAGACCGCGAAACAACGAGGAAACUGUCGGCCAUCAAUUCCGUCGUUACACCAUUGGACACGGUUCUCAUUGGCCCUUUUGGCGUCUUUCAGUCCAAUUACGAUGACCCUAUUCAAAGGACUUUAGAAAGCCCGGCGUCAUCACCAGAACCAGCUGAGAGCAUUGAUGACGGUGGCCCUUCCACUGGACAGCUUGACAAUGGGUGGGGUACAGUUGCACAGAGUCCUGACUGCAUGGAUUGGGACCUCUCGACUCCAGAGCUUUCAACCUUAAAAAGCAGACCAGCUCGGGAAGAUUUUCAAAGUGACUUCUCGCUGCAAGAACUUGAGCCCUUUGCAGCACUCAAAGAAAGUAGGUACCAAGCAUGCACAUCCCAAAUCGAUCUGCUGGCAAUGUCAGGUAAAUCAAAAGCGCGCCAUUUGCCUGCUCCCUUCUUCGCUCUUUCGAUGCCUAUGUUUAGAGACCAGGAAACAUCCAUGCUCAUGUUCCAUUAUAUGAACCAUGUGGCUGAAUUGCUACAACCGAUUCUGCACUCACGCAACCCUUGGAGGACUACAUAUUUCCCUUUUGCCCUAUCAGGGUGUCCAGAGCUUGUUCUUUGCCAACAAAACACAACUACAUCUUCGCAAAUAUCGACCUCACUAUUCCAUAGUUUGCUCUCGGCUGCUGCGUUUCACCUGCGCAAUACUACGGAGGGUUCUCCCAAAUUCCAUCAGCUGGGGCUUCAGCACCGAAUCAAGGCGCUGCGUGCUCUGAACUCCGCGAUUGUCCAUCCCGGUGAUCCGCAGCUGUACACAUUGCACUUAACAGCAAUGCUGUCACUAGUCACAAUCGAUACCAUGACUGGAGAAGACUCUGACUUCCCAAUCCACCUCCAAGCAUGCCGCCGACUACGCCAGCCAUGCCUACAGCUAAGCAUGAGCAAAAGAGACUCAAGCAACCAAGUCACCAGCAUCUACCGCUUCCUCACCCUCCUCGCUCAAACAACAUGCCUCGAAAUCUCCCCUCGACCGUGGUCAUUCGAUGAACAUCUUCCCGCCUCUACCCUACCACAUUUCCACCCCGACGAGAGAAGCAUCGAAUAUAUAUACGGAAUCACACCUGAAAUGGCCAACUUACUGUACAAAACGUGCCGGAUCGCAGAACACCUCGCCUUCUACCGCCAGCAGGCCGGUACACCGACUCCUGCCUCUCUUCGCGCAGCGUACAAGGCACUGGGCGACGACGUUAUGGCCUGGGUCAUUGACGCGGAGCCUUUCCAUCUCAUCCAGCGCCAAGAGCGCACCAUGCUUGAGAUUGCGCGGUGCCAGGUCCGCGCGUUCCAUAGCGCAUUGCUGAUAUACUACCGCCGCACGGUGCUUGAUGGCGACGGCAUCAUUGUUGAUGUGGAUGUUGAAGCGGAGGCAAAUGCUGUCUGGGAAAACCUGACGGCAGCAGAAGACCUCAAAGAUGCAUAUAUGGGCGGUGCAAAAAGAACGGCGCCUAUGUCGUGGCCGGCGUUUAUUGCCACAUGUGAGACGAGGAACCGCGAGCCCUGGGUUACGUGGUGGUCGCGAGUCGAGGGGUAUGGCCUUGGGAAUUUCUCAAGACAGUGGAGGGCUAUCCAGGAGGUUUGGGGUGUUAUGGAUGUGGAUGGGAAUGUGGGGAGUUGGAGAGAGGCGUUACGCCGCCUAGGGAGAUUGGUAUUACCGGUCUAG